AUGCCGCCGCCCGCGCCGCCCACGGAGCUGGUGCCGUCGGAGCGCGCCGUGGUGCUGCUGUCGUGCGCGCUCUCCGCGCUGGGCUCGGGGCUGCUGGUGGCCACGCACGCCCUGUGGCCCGACCUGCGCAGCCGGGCACGGCGCCUGCUGCUCUUCCUGUCGCUGGCGGACCUGCUCUCGGCCGCCUCCUACUUCUACGGGGUGCUGCAGGACUUCGCGGGCCCCUCGUGGGACUGCGUGCUGCAGGGCGCGCUCUCCACCUUCGCCAACACCAGCUCCUUCUUCUGGACCGUGGCCAUCGCCCUCUACCUGUACCUCAGCAUCGUCCGCGCGGCGCGCGAGCCUCGGACCGGCCGCCUGCUCUGGGCCUUCCACGUCGUCAGCUGGGGGGUCCCGCUGGCCAUCACCGUGGCAGCUGUCGCUCUAAAGAAGAUCGGCUACGAUGCCUCGGACGUGUCAGUCGGCUGGUGCUGGAUCGACCUGGAGGCAGAGGACCGCAUCCUGUGGAUGCUGCUGACCGGAAAGCUCUGGGAGAUGCUGGCCUAUGUCACGCUGCCCGUCCUCUACCUCCUCAUCAGGAAGCACAUAAACAGGGCGCACGAGGCGCUCUCCGAGUACCGGCCCAUCCUCUCCGAGGCGCACCAGCUUCAGCGCCGCGCCUCCGUGGCCGAUAAGAAGCUGAUCCUCAUCCCGCUCAUCUUCAUCUGCCUCCGGGUCUGGAGCACCGUGCGAUUCGUCUUGACCCUCUGCGGCUCCCCAGCGGUGCGGUCGCCGGUGCUGGUCGUUCUGCACGGUAUUGGGAACACGUUUCAGGGCGGCGCCAAUUGCAUCAUGUUCGUCCUCUGCACCCAGGCCGUCAGAACUCGGCUCUUCUCUGUUUGCUCCUGCUGCUCUUCCCAGCCGUCUACAGAGAACCCGACUGGCCCCCCCAAGGCUCCUGCACCCUCCAAGACAGGAGACUCUCAGGGAUCCAGACGUACCCCAGAUGAACUUCCAAGCACCUGAGCUUUUCCCUUCCUAGUUCUAUACAGGUGCUGCCUCCCUGGGAACAGGUGGCUCUAUGAGUCCCUGCUGCAGGGAGUGGGGGUGGGCAUCUGCUGGCACUUUAAGCCUCUGCUUUUGAAGCUCUUGACCCCCCAGUGGGGCAGCAGCCAUGAACUCAGCUUCUUCUACCUCCUAGACCCUCGGGUAGCACAUACCCACUCGCCCCCAUGUCUGGCUGCACUCAGGAGUACUUGUCUUCAGUGAGAUUGCAUGCAGGUUGGCAGUGAGAUUGGCACAUGGUCACUGUUAGGUUGCCCUAAUAGAUGUCCACUGGUCAUCAGCCUCAUGACCACACAGCACUAUUUACAGUUCGAGGGACCCACACCUGUGGGAAAGGCACAAAGAAAUAUGUAUACCUUGCAUCUAUCCUAAAUAAAAUGCCAGGGGUUGCCAGAGAUGCAUCCCCCACUUAGAUGUGACGAAGCAGAUUUUGGGUUUGUCAGGGCAUUGAGAUUUCCUGGAGAGCCUAGCUUUGCUGGUCAGCAAAAGAGCCAUUUCCCUUUAACCAGGUUGAAGGUUUCCAGGUGACUACCAUGACUCUAGCACAAUCACUCUGGACAGCUGGUCCCCUUGGGGCCUCCCACAUUCUCUGUAUGGGUUGCCAACACUUGAUGCAGAUUGUGCUUGCAUUUUGAGCCCAGAAUCCAGACUCUUGCCUCCAGUGGUCACUUUAAAAUACAGGUUCCCUUCUCCAGUGCAAGAGCUGGAACAGGUACAAGAAGAGGUAUUACGGGGAAUCCCUGUGGGUGCCUGCUGCCUCUCGCAUCUGUUCUCCUGAAGACUGGAACAGGGAGAGCUGGUGAGGGAUCGGCUGAUUCACUUCCUGGCUUGUUUUUUUAUAGGAAAGGUGACCAGAGAGUUGGUGAAUGAUCCACAGACAGAUUCCUCCCUGUUGGUUGGGGGAAGUGACACAGGCAUCUUGGGGUGAUUAUUUACAUUUAAAAGAAAAGGAUUUAAAAUAAGCAUCCACAUCUUUGUAUUCAUGGCUCCUCCACCAACAUUUCCUCUAAUUUCAGAAAACAGUUUCUCUGUUACGUCACAGAAGCCACUGGCAAAGAUGGCAGGUGUCUGCGUCACCGCAGGAGGCAUGGGGAGAAGUAUAACUCUAGCCUAUAGGUGUCUCUCCCUUGGGUUUGGUCAGAACUCUGCAAAACCAAGAUGACCUUCUGAACCUGUAAAACCGUUCUGGAUUAAAGCCAAAGCCUCACCAUACUGCUGGUUCCUAUUUUAUUCUCAGAAGCAAAAUCUGUCAGAGGAAGAGAAUCUGAAGGGAAGAGUCAUUGAUAGAACUAGAUAAAAAAUACUCAUUUUUGGUUUCCCCACCCCCUUUUUUUAAAGGUUUCUUUAUGAAAAUCAGCAGAAGGUGAUCAUCCCUUUAGGACUCCUGGGCUGCCCUACAGAAAGCUACCUGUCAUAGGGCAAUCUCCUAACAGAAAUGGCCAAUAGAAGGGGAAUCCAGGGAUCCCCUAAAGACAAGACGGCAGAUCAUGGGCACAUGGCUUCUAGAAUGGAGCAGAAAUUCAGGAAGUUACUUGCUGCAAGAGAGAAAACGGUUCAGAGCUGAGUUAGCCUGUGGGCCACAGAGGAUGAAAAGAAAAUAGAGCCUGCUUGGAAGAGGGCCCCGGAGUCCUUGGCUUAGACUGCAGCGCCUGGCGGGUGUGGCUUCCACAGGACUGGGGACACUGGGUGUCCCCAGGCAGGCCGCUGUCAGGAAGGGCCGGCAGAGGGAAGAGGGGCUCAGGAGACUCUCUGGGGCUCCCUCAAGUUCUCAUUCCACUUGUUUGAUGCCGCUGCUGUGCUGUCUGCUUUUGUAACAACCACCUAAAUGUUACCCCUGGAUAUUUCCAUUUCCACUCCCCCUGCUGCCUGCCCAGCUCUGCUGAGGGCCCAGGUGUUCCCAUGAUUGGUGGAGACCAUGUGGGCAGGGGAGGGGUGCGUCCCAGUGCCUUGGCCUGAGGCCAGGGGCCCGGGUGGGGGGUUGGGGAGGCUCUGGCUGGAUCUCUGUGGGGUUCAGAACUCGAAGAUGAUGGGGGCAAAGUCAUAUCUUAGGAGUCCGGGAGGGGCUCCUGCUUUCCGAUCAGAGCAAGAGAGGCUUCCUCUCGAACUUUGCUCGGCCCCCUCCGUGGGUUUCUUUCUCUUCCAUCAGCCUUGCUCAUGUUCCCGCACCUGUGUCCUCCCUUACUGACGUGUAACUCAGCCAGGACAGAUGCUACGGCCUCAUCCGUGUGUCCUCAGCCCAGAGCCUUCUCUUCUCAGGCACUUUCUGCCUUUCUGUGCUUCUCAGUUGUUUAUGUUUGUUUUGUCUUUUAAUGAAGUAGUAUUUGGCCGGGGCUGAGGGUGCACACAGAGCGCUUCUUAUGUACACAACGACAAGAAACCUUCUACGAGAAACGUUUUACAAACUUCCUGUCAUGGCAUAAUAACAGUUGUGAGGUCUUUGGGGCCUGUGCAAAACUGUAUCAAAACCCUGAUCAUCUUGGGUUGAAGCCAAAGUCUCCUUAUUUUAACUUAAAUAAAAUAAUUAUUUUUUCUUU